AUGGGAGAUCAUAUUACGUUUCGUAUCAAAGGAGGCCUAUUUCUCAUCACACUUAAUGAUCCCUUAAAAUUAAACUCACUAAGUUUUGAAGACUUUAAUUACAUUGCAUCCCUAUUAGAGCAAUCUGAACGUUGUGCAAAAUGCUGCUUCACUGUAAUCCAGAGUACAGGAACACACUUUUCAGCAGGUGGGAAAAUUGAAGCGGUAACUGCUGGCAGUCAACUGGGAACCGGUGAACUUAUAGAAGAAAUUUGUGCACCUAAUGUUUAUGUGGCCAAUACCUUUGCAACUCAUUCAAAGCCCCUGAUAUGUUGUUUGAACGGACCCGCAGUUGGUCUCGCUGCUUCAAUGGUGUUGUUGUGUGACAUAGUAUUCGCUGUCAACAGCUCUGUUUAUCUGAGUUUUCCCUUUAGUGCCCUCGGUUUUGUACCGGAACUGUCCAGUUCCGUUACAUUACCUUGGAAGUUAGGACAAAAUGCCAGCUAUGAGCACCUCAUCUUCAGCACCCCAAUUUAUUUCCGAGAAUUGUAUGAAAGUGGAAUACUCAGUAAAAAUUUCGAUAUUGAUUCUUCAGAGAAGGAUGCUUCUAAGAGGUUCAACGAGGAGUGUAAUCGUGUGCUGAAACCCUUUUGCGGGACACCGGCAACGUUGCAGGACAUCAAGACCAUACUUUCCUCCUCGCAACUACAGCACCACAGUUGGUUAAUAAAGGCACAGGCGGAUGAGGUGGCCACAACCUUGCCAUUUUGGGUAAACGGCGAGCCGUUCAAAAGAUUUCGCAAAUUAUUGAGUCGGAAGCGCUCGAAACUCUGA